AGUCCACACAGGACACUGGCCACGGGGGACAUAUAGGGCGUCCUGUGAGGAGCCGGCACAGCCUCGUCCUGACGCCCAGGUGACCCGCCUUGGCCCAGCACAGAGCCUGGAGAUGAAGUCCCUGUUCCUGACCAUCGUGCUGCUGGGCCUGCUGUCUGCCCUGCAGGCCCAGGACCUCCUGACCUUCCCCUGGGAGGAGCUGAAUAUCACAGGGACCUGGUACGCAAAGGCCUUUGUGGUCAACAUGCCCCUGGUACCAGACUGGAAGGGGCCCGGGAAGGUGUUCCCCGUGACCGUGACAGCCCUGGAAGAUGGGAGCUGGGAGGCCAAGACCACCCUCCUGAUUCAGGGGCGGUGCCUAGAGAAGAAAGUUACUCUGCAGAAAACCCAGGAGCCUGGCAGAUACAGCGCCUACCACGGCAAGAAGUUCGUGUACAUAGAAGAGCUGCCCGAGAGCGACCACUGCAUCUUCUACUGUGAAAGCCAGGACCCAGGGAAGAAGUUCCGCAUGGGCAAGCUCAUGGGGAGGAGCCCCGAGGAGAACCUGGAGGCCCUGGAAGAAUUUAGGAAAUUCUCGCAGCGUAAGGGACUGUUGGCCGAGACCAUCUUCACACCUGAGCAGACGGACACCUGUGUUCCCGAGCACGACUAG